UGGGAAUGCAUUUCUCAAAGUUCUCCGGUCAAGAUGCCCAUGACCGAUCGAAGAUGUUUAAGGUGGAGUACGCAACCAAUGCCACAGGCUGUGACGCGUUACGGUUGCCUCGGAGAGGUAUAUAAAGCUCCAUUAGUUCUUACUACAAAGACCACUUAAUACCCUGCUUUCAUUUUUUAUAUUUCACCAAUUCAGGCCGUCAGCCUCUUGUCACUCUUUAAGCAAGGCAGCGCCUCAAAUAUAGGCGUUAGCUAUGAUAUUCACGUCUAUUACUGCUACGGGCCUUCCCAUGCCAUCUGAUAACAUGCCCGCAGGCUAUUAUCUCCAUGUGUCUACUCCCUAUGGCCAGUGUAACACCACCAAGGCGGCAAUGGCCAACCGCAGCGUGUCUUGGAACCAGAUCCUCACCAUACGCGAACGCCCUCAAACGUUUUUACAGAAGUUUAUGUCUUUCUUCAAAUUAUCUAAAGCAGUUCACCUUGAAAUUCGCGCUUCAUAUGAGCCUGGACCAAUGCUCGAUCAAUAUGAGGUUGUGUGUGCGCUUGACACAACUUUCGAACAAUUGCUCGCAGAAGACGGACAGCCUACAUUACAUUCGAAUGUUAAUAAUCAGCGCAUGUCCCUCAAAUUGAAAGCGGGCGGUACUGAUGAGAGCGUCACGAAUGGUCAACCUACACACUCCCCGGCGGUGGUGCAAUCUUCUGAUAAACAGGCUUCACCUGCGCCAUCGAGCAAACGCGAACAGACGCAUCCGCGGGAAAAAAUUGUUGUCAUAUUCGGCGAAACCGGCUCAGGGAAAAGCUCUAUGAUCAAUGUUAUCGCGCAAAAGCAGGUCGCGAAGAGCUCCAAUGAUGCACUUGGAUGCACCUUUGAAUCUAAACGCUACUCAGUACACAUUUCCGGCCAGGAAUUCGCCCUGUUUGAUACUGCGGGUCUCAAUGAGGGAACUGCAGGCACGGUGCCACAGAAGCAAGCGAAGCAACAGCUGACGAGCUUGUUGGACAAGCUCAUGAGCCACAAGUCACCAUCGGACGGUAUCGACCUUCUGGUGUACUGCGUGCACAACACGACUGCCCCUCACGCCAUCCUUAACACCUACAAUACUGUUUACUCUGGGACCUGCCGGAAGAAGAGAGUCCCAAUCGUCGUCGUCGUCACAGGAUUGGAGUCUGAGACUCCCAUCAUGGAGAGCUGGUGGGAUGCUCACAAGGAGAUAUUCACAAACAUGCAUCUCUCAGGCCAUGCAUGUGUCACAACGAUUCAGGAAUAUCCAGACAUUCCGGAAGACAUUACUCGUCGCGUUGCACAGUCAAGCAAGAUUCUGCGCGACCUUAUCAUGGAAAAGUGCUCGACCUCGGCGGUCGUGGACACCCAGUGAAAAAGGAGGUAUAUAUGUGUAACGGUGGUGCUAUCAAGUGUCCAGUAUACUGCAACGGCCACAGUUUAUCGGCCACGAUUUCCGGUUUCAAUUCUAUUUGCUUCGUCAUUCGUGUUGACUCUUUGUUAAGCAUACACUCCUUACAUUUUCUCUAUCUUUGACAGUCGCUAUGCCUAACCGCCCGAUGUCAGGCGUACACAUUCGUUGUCGGCCGACUACUUUAUUCCUACUUUACCUGAGAUCUUCGUCGUCUCUAUGUCUUAUAUACGGGUUACUGUCAUAUACCUAGGGUAGCGUUUUUUACAACUCAGAAUACCAGCCUCUAACACCGUCCAUUCUCUUGUGAACACGUUCUUCA